GUCCACUACGAGCGCUCCGGGCGCGUCGACGCGUCUCGACACGUCGUCCUCCUCCACGGCUUCGGCGUCGGGACGUUCCACUACGAGUCCCAGCUCGCGGAGUUGCCGAUGAUGAUGGGCGAGGAAGCACAGCUGUGCGUGUGGGCGAUAGAUCUCGUGGGGCAGGGCGCGUCGUGGCCGCCCGCGGGAGAGGCCGCGGCGCCGGGGUUUCGAUACUCCGUCGAGACGUGGCGCGACCAGAUCGAGGACUUCCUCGAGCGCGUGCACCUCGCGGGUGGAGAUGGAGGGGAGAAGAAGAAGCGCGCCGUGUACCUCGCGGGGAACAGCCUGGGCGGAUACCUAGCGACGUACGUCGCCGCCAGCUGCGCGAACGAAGAUCUCAUCCGCGGCGUGAUCCUCCUCAACGCGACGCCGUUCUGGGCGUUCACGUCCGCGGACGACGCUAAGUGGGCGCCGUGGAAGGGCGCGCUGCCGACGCCGCGAUGGAUCCGCGCGCCGCUGAGGCUGUACUGGGACUCGUUCCGAAGCGCCGCGAACGUCAAGGGGUUGCUAUCGUUGGUGUACGAUUCGAAGGAGCGAGUGGACGACGCGCUCGUCGAGAACAUCAUCGCGCCGACGAACGACGCCAACGCCCUGGACGCCUUCUGCAGCGUCGUGUGGUCCCCGAAGGCGUCGAUAGACUUCGACGAGAUGCUGCGAAGGCUGCGCGAGGAGCGGCGCGGCGUGAAGAUCGCGCUGAUGUACGGCCGGGAGGACCCGUGGGUGGUGCCGUUGUGGGGGCAACGCGCGAAACGCGCGGCGCCCGCCGCGACGUACUACGAGAUUGAAAAAUGCGGGCACUGCCCCGCGCACGAGUCCCCGCGCGUCGUGAACGAGCUGAUCGCGAAGUACGUC